AUGCGGCCGUUAUAUCCUCAGAGAUCGUCUGCUUCAGCAGGCCGGAAUGUUCUAUUGAAAAUCGGGCCAGAUAGCACAGAACGUCACGUGAAACAUGAGAAAAGAGGGCUAGGAAUGUGCUCAGUAUGCCGUGAAGAGGUGGAAGAAGAUGUGUGGAGAUGGCCAGAAUGUGGGCAUUACUUUCAUUCUAACUGUGUCAGUCGCUGGCGCACUGGUGAAGUUUCGGCUGGCAAUACAUGUCCGAAUUGUCGACAGAAUGACCCGGAAUGUGUAAGGGGCGGUGGUCGUCAAUCCAGCGCUGCUCCGGUACAAGCUCAUCAAGUGGAGCCUGAGGGGCAACCUGGCCGCUUGUCAGACUGGCGCCGACAAAACACCAGGCCCGUAAUAAACAACGACUGCCCCGUAUGCUUGUGUAGCAAUUCUGUACUUAUCGGGGGUUCUCGGCUUCGUUGUUCGGACAGGAGAUGUGGAGCGACUUGGAAUAUUAGCUGGAGUCUAUAGUUGGAUUUGCCUGCAAAAACACAAGGACACUCGGUAUCUUCAGGUACUGCUGUGGUGCUCGAUGAUGGUUUAGCUCAAAUCUUCAAUACUUGUCGGCAAGAUAAAAGGAUUAGAGUUUACAUUUCUGCAUGAAGAUGAGGAAGCUGCAGAGCUUCAUGAGGUGCUUCCACUCCGCUCACUCCAAAGUCUAACACUUUCAAGGCUCG